GCAUUGGGUCCUGGGAACACAGCACAAGUGGAGCUGUCAACCCACCCCAGGUUCGCAAUUCUGAGAGAGGAAGGGAGGGGCCACCUACUUCCUGAAUAGCCUGCAAACCCGUGCGCCAAGGUCAGUCUGCACUGCGCCACGAUGUCUGGAGGAUCAGCCAGGAGCCUAGAGAAGGGGAGCGCGCCACCAGGACCUGUCCUGGAUGGCGUGAUCCGCGUCUACAGCAUGAGGUUCUGCCCGUUCGCCGAGAGGACGCGCCUCGUCCUGAAGGCCAAGGGAAUCCCGCAUGAAGUCAUCAACAUCAAUCUGAAAAAUAAGCCUGAGUGGUUCUUUAAGAAGAAUCCCUUUGGUCUGGUGCCAGUUCUGGAAAACAGUCAGGGUCACCUGGUCUACGAAUCUGCCAUCACUUGUGAGUACCUGGAUGAAGUAUAUCCAGGGAAGAAGCUGUUGCCAGAAGACCCCUAUGAGAAAGCAUGCCAGAAGAUGACCUUUGAGUUAUUUUCUAAGAUACCACCUUUGGUGGGAAGCUUUCUUAGAAGUAAAAAUAAGGAAGACCGGUCUGGCCUAAAAGAAGAAUUUCGUAAAGAAUUCAGCAAGCUUGAGGAGGUUCUGACCAAUAAGAAGACAACCUUCUUUGGAGGCAAUUCGCUUUCUAUGAUUGAUUACCUCAUCUGGCCCUGGUUUGAACGGCUGGAAGGACUGGAGUUAACUGAGUGUGUAGACCACACUCCAAAACUUAAGCUCUGGAUGGCAGCCAUGAGGAAAGAUCCCACAGUAUCAGCCCUCCUCCUUGAUGUGAAGACCUAUCGAGGUUUCUUAGAUCUCUACUUGCAGGAUAACCUCCAGGCCUGUGACUAUGGGCUCUGAUGGGGGCAAGUCAGCAAUGAAGAUAUGUCUGAUAUUUUCCUUCACUAAUAGGAAUAACAACAUGCUUUAAUUUUA